AUGCCUAAAGUGAAAGCUAAAAGGAAGGCCGUGGUUUGCCCGGCGGAUCCGCUGUCGACGAUUAAGAAAGCUGUAUAUUUCAGACGCCGGAGGCCACAGCAGCUACUGAAGCUGCGUUUGAUGCUAUUAUAUAAAGCCCCAUCCCCACCCCCACCCCCUGCAGCGCAGGUGAAAGGGUCGAUUGUGAAGCAAGUUCUACAACUUAUGUUAUUCACUCCCAACAUCUCAUUCCCGAUUGAAUCCAUCACCACGAGGAAACCAAUAUUGGUGAACUCUAGAGCUGGUUCGGCGGCGUCGGAAAGGAACAAUAGACCCGAUGACAAACAUUCAACCAAUACAUAUGACUCAGAAAGGAUGUCGAAGCACGACGGUGACGUCAAGCCUACUGUAACAAGUAUGACGUCAGUCCUAAAUUCUUUGAACAGAAUGAAGAUUAUUCGCCAACGGACUCUAGCUUCAAAGGGUAACAUAACCAUGGAUAUACCAAUGAGAAAAUUCAACUCCUCAGAGGUCAGUCGAGAAAUAAACCGUAUCCUAGCAACAACUUUGACAGGAAUGACCUAUGACCCAAAACGUGCCAGUAUAUUGUCAAAAGGUCUUUCUGAGAGUAUCAAAGCGAAAGUUAAAACAAUGAAAUAUCCGCGAUACAAAUUUGUUGCUAUGGUAACAAUAUCAAGCAAGUCAGACCAAAGCAUUUUUGUUGGAAGUCAAUGUGUAUGGAACACGGGCACUGACUCCUUUGCCACGGGGCAAUACUCUAACGGGUCUCUUAUAGCAGUGGCAUCUGUAUUUGCUAUUUUCAAGGAAUAA